GUCCGCGGUCGGUCGCGUUCGUAACCGUUGCGCGUCUGCUGCCGCGAUUUCCUUCCGCGCGCGAUUUUCUUCCUCGGUGAUUCGUGACUCGUGAUCGACAAGAUCUGCGGUGGUCUUCGUUCGCGAAUCCACCUAACAUCACCUAUAACGAUUCCAACGUGGCUCUAAUCGCGCUCGUCGGCGUGAUGACAUCGUGUCGCGGCAUCGUCGGACAAACUUAAAGCGAUUACACGACACGUCUCGAGUGCUGAUUUAACCGUUAACGGCUAAGGAGACGACGAGCUUCCGAGAGAUGCCGCCGACGAGGACCCGAUGAGGAGGCUGGCCGGCGAGUUUCCGCGGAAUCCGCAGAUUUGGAGAAAAACGGAGAGCACGGAUUCUCGGCGCAUUCGGGCGUCGGGAACGACGACCUCGGCAGAGGACGAGAGGCGUGCGGCGCGAUGAAUCCGAACGACGCCUGGCAGAUUAUUCUCAGCAUCGCGCUCGUCGAGUGAAGAACACGGGCGAGAACGUAGUCGUCUCUCUCUGGAGUCACCCUCGUCGGCGCACCAUCAUAGCCGGUACCGGCCGGUGCCAGCCAGUCUCGUUGGAGCACGCGAAGCGAUCAUUUCGUGGACACGUGGCUCUCACGCCGCGCUCGUCACGUGGAUUAUCACCGUGCCGCGAAAUGUGAACGAGCCGACGAGGCGGCCGUCCGUCGACGCUCACCUGACAUCUCGACGACGUCGUCUGCGAGAGAUGUUGGCAUAACGGCGACAUGGAGACGCUCUACACCGGCGCGAUUCACGGCUUUCCACAGCCCGGCGGAAUGGCCAACGGCGUUUCCACCGGUAUCGCCAGUUCCUUCGACCAGGACGGCGUGCUGAGCCUCAUCGUCGUCCUCGGGGGAAGCCUGUCCCUGGUGGCUCUGGUGUUCGCCUUCAUCACCUACAGUCUCUUCUCGGACUUGAGGAGUCUGGCAGGCACGACUCUGAUGAAUCUUUUGGCGGCCCUCUUCAUGGUUCAGCUACUCUUCAUCGUGGGAGCUGGAGGCGUACAG